AUGGUCAUCGAGUACUGCAGCAAGCAUGCGGCCAACGACGACGACACCAACAAGCACGUCACAGACCCCGCCGACACCGACGAGGACGGCGACAAUAACAACAACAACGCCAGCGCCGGCGAGAAGGAGAACCUGAAGAGCUUCGACGCCAGCUUGGUCGCCAUUGACCAGGCCACGGUGUUCGACCUCAUCCUCGCCGCCAACUUUCUGAGCAUCAAGGGGCUCCUGGACCUCGCCUGCCAGAAGGUGGCCGACGACAUCAAGGACAAGUCGGUUGAGGAGGUGCGCGAGAUUUUCAAAAUCGAAAACGACUUCACCAAGGAAGAGGAGGAGGCCGUCAGAAAGGACAACGCCUGGGCCUUCAACGAGUAG